AAAAGUUCGAGUUCAUCUCCCGCUCUCCGCGGCAGCGCUGUCAUGUAACCAUAGCAAUGGACAGAGGCAAAUGGGAAAAGAUACUCACCCAUUUUCAGGCAUGUGCACGUGGAUACUUGGUGAGAAACGAAGUCCAUCGGGCACGUGAAGACUUUGAAGACCUCGUGAGAGAGAUUGAUGGGGGCUUGGGCCAUUUACAGUGGAGGGACACGGUUAUCCCGAUGCCCCACUUCACGGACACGGACGACCCGUUUCUACGACCCAGCAGUGCUGCCAGCAAGCCUUCAGAUCCAGGACUAAAUGUCAGUGCCAGUCCCCAGAGCCUGACAGCAGCAGCCUUAUCAAGAGUGGGAGACCAUGGUCUCCUUCCACAGAAGAUAGAAGCUGAGAGAGAUGAUUCAGAAAUCAAAUGCCCGGCCCGUAUUUCCAGUGACUGUUUCCCCAGCAGCCAUGCUGGAGAAGAUGGGGAGUGCCAGAGGCAGAGAGGUCAGGAUCAGGAGGAAGAUAAAGAUGGAGGGGUGAUCAAGAGCUCUGGAGACUCUACCACCGUCUGGAGCAGUUUGGAACUGGAUGUUAACUACAGUCACUCUCACCAGGGUCCCCGGCAGUACUGCUUGGCUCAGGAGGUGCCUCGUACACCAGAGGCCCUGCAUCUCCAUAGAAACACCCUGACCAUGGAGCUGGUCUGGCUACAGCAGGCCAUUGACAGCAGGAAAAAGUACUUGUCACUGAAGAACAGGCUGACCAUACCCUGACAGCAGAAAUAAACUGAGCUGGAUUUCAUAAUGCAGUACUGAAGGCCUGACAGCUCAUAGUGUCCAUUUGAACUGUUAUUUUACAUUUAUUAAAAAAAAUUUAUCAUGUGCUUGACGGAACCUGUACAGUGUGU